UUUUAUGACCACUAUAAUUAUCAGUGUACAAAUCAAAUAAUGUUGACGAAUAGCACCCAACGAGUAAUGUUUUUAUUAAUAAUAAUUUUAAGUGGUAACAUGAUUAUAAAAAAAGUAUAUGGAGCAAAACGUUACUCUGCAUUAAUAAGGGAAAUUAAAGCUAAAGUAUACCAACCUGACGUAGUCACAGAUGUUAAGACAAGUAUGCGAAAAGUUAAUCGAACGACAGCAUUUGCAGAUGUCUCAUUUAAAGUUCUUAAACAACUUAAUAAAGUACCGACAAGUGUAGAAUUAUUUCGUAUAAGUGGAGUAUCAAGAAACCAAUUACCUUUGAAUAUUACUGGUGAUGGAUGCAUUUUGUUGAAAAAUAAUUAUUUAGUAGCUGCAGACCUGAGACGAUCUGGUUUACCGGACUGUCCAUUACUGGGUGAUAUCAUUUUAAAAGAUCUUUACAUCCAGCCAAAAAAUAUUCCAAAUAUGGGUAUUUUGGGUAAAUUUCUCUUAAAAGCAACAUUCAUGUUUGAAAAUAAAUUGUUGGGUAUUGCAGAAGUAUCGGUUGAAUUGGUUAUGCAAUAACUUAG